CAUAAAUUUGUCAUUCAGACGUCGUUAAGCGUUCAAAGUGACGGGACCGUGCCGUGAGUGUCGUCGUUCGUCCGCGGGCUGAAAAAUAAAAGUGGUCCAGUUUUUGGGGGGUGGUGAAAAAGUGCGUCGCAAGAGACAUUCCAGUGCGUUUCCGGUGCGGAAAGUUUGUGCAAUCGAUCGUCGACCAUGGUGUGGGGCUUCGUAACGUGUGGUCCCAACGAGGCGCUUGUUGUUUCAGGAUGCUGCCACAUGAAACCACUGCUAGUUCCCGGAGGACGUGCCUUCGUAUGGCCCUCGAUCCAGCGCGUUCAACGAAUCUCGCUGAACACGAUGACGCUGCAGGUCGAAAGUCCGACCGUGUACACCAGCCAGGGUGUGCCGAUUUCCGUGACCGGCAUCGCCCAGGUCAAGAUCCAGGGCCAGAACGAGGACAUGCUGCUGACGGCGUGCGAGCAGUUCCUGGGCAAGUCCGAGUCGGAGAUUCAGCACAUUGCGCUCGUCACGCUCGAGGGCCACCAGCGCGCCAUCAUGGGCUCGAUGACGGUGGAGGAGAUCUACAAGGAUCGCAAGAAGUUCUCCAAGCAGGUGUUCGAGGUGGCCUCGUCCGACUUGGUCAACAUGGGCAUCACCGUGGUGUCGUACACGCUGAAGGAUAUUCGUGACGAGGAGGGUGCUAAGGGUUACCUCAAGAGUCUGGGAAUGGCCCGUACGGCGGAGGUCAAGCGUGACGCCCGAAUCGGUGAAGCCGAGGCCCGUUGCGACGCCACGAUCAAGGAGGCCAUCGCCGAGGAGCAACGGAUGGCGGCGCGCUUCCUGAACGACACCGAGAUCGCCAAGGCGCAGCGUGACUUUGAGCUGAAGAAGGCCGUCUACGACGUGGAGGUGCAGACGAAGAAGGCCGAAGCGGAGAUGGCGUACGAGCUGCAGGCGGCCAAGACCAAGCAGCGCAUCAAGGAGGAACAGAUGCAGAUCAAGGUGGUCGAGCGCACGCAGGAAAUCGCCGUGCAGGAGCAGGAAAUGGCCCGUCGCGAGCGUGAGCUGGAGGCCACCAUCCGGCGACCGGCCGAGGCCGAAAAGUUCAAGCUGGAGAAGCUGGCCGAGGCGAACCGCAACCGGGUGAUCCUGGAGGCGGAGGCCGAAGCGGAAGCGAUCAAGAUCCGCGGAGAAGCCGAAGCGUUCGCCAUCGCGGCCAAGUCCAAGGCCGAAGCCGAGCAGAUGGCCAAAAAGGCCGAGGCCUGGAGGGAGUACCGUGAGGCGGCCAUGGUCGACAUGCUGCUGGAGACGUUGCCAAAGGUUGCCGCCGAGGUGGCCGCCCCGCUGUCCCAGGCCAAGAAGAUCACGAUGGUGUCCAGUGGCACCGGCGAGGUCGGCGCGGUCAAGCUCACCGGCGAGGUGCUCCAGAUCGUCAACAAGAUCCCGGACCUGGUCAAGUCGAUCACUGGCGUGGACAUUUCACGGUCGGUUCACGCUGGUUAGAACCGCACACAGGUUGGCGACGACCUUCUGUUGAUUUUGUGAGCGCUUCUCGGUCCACAUUCGUCACAACCGCAACAACCGAUAGUAGACGUAAGUUGUGCACGGAACGUGUCCGGGUGCGCGCCCACUCCUCUUUCCCCUUGAAUUAUGAUGGCCCGCCGCGGUGAGUGGAUUUGCGAAAAAGAAAAGGGCAGCCAUAACGUUCCAGAGUUGGAGCGCGUUGUUUAUCGUUUUGCCUUGGUUUGGUAAGUUCGUUUUUUUUUUCCUUUCCUUUCUGUUAUAUUCUGUUGUGUAUAUUUUUGUAUAUUUAAGAAUAUCGACGAACAGAUUUCUUUAUUAUUUUAUAGUUUUAAGUUGAAAGAUUUAAAUAUCCUUUGGAAUUUAUUUCCAACAGUUUUAUUUGUUACUUUUAAUUUUAACGAGUCGACUUUCCACUACGAUCACCGCAAAAGCAUCGAAAUCGUAAACGAAAUUCACCUUUAAAGCGUGUGUAAUUUCACUGCCAAUGCGUUUAAUUUUGCACAACUUAAAACCGGAAAUAAAAACCACUUUCAUCACAAACGUGGAAAGUUGGCUCGCGCCCGUGCUCUGGGAUGGUAUUUCUUUAUAUCUUUAACUUUCCUCAUAAAAGUCGUUGACCGAAAAAACAACACAAUUAACCCAGUGUGAUAUUACACGAAAAAUUGAACCAAAAAUUUCACAAAAAAAAGCCAGAUGAUCAUUCUCGUACAACAAGUAUUCGUUCACGUCUUUUCUCAAACUUAACGCGAAAUUUUCGCGCGCGCGCGCGCAAUGUUGUUCCAUCCACUCGUUUGGCCUAUCUAUAGCUAACACACAAACUCUAGCAAAUUGUUCGAAAAAGGCGAAUGUCUCUUUUUAGUGCUCGCUUUGUUGAACACUUUCUCUAUUACGAAUGACAACAAAAUGAUAUUUAAACGGACAUCUUAUUUGUGUAAAGUGAAAUCAUCAAAUAAAAUAGCGAAAACUACGACCCUCUAACAAACAAUAGUGUGACAAGCAAAAACAAGCAUUUGUAGGUGUAGUGGGACCCCCAUUUAAAGAUGUCGUUUCCAUUAAAACUUGUCGUUCAAUUUCAUUAAAAAAAAACGUAAUUAUACAUUGAUUAUAUGUGCAAAAUUUUGAGUAUAACAAAAACGUUCGCGAACCUGAUCAACUAAAACAAUUAUUAGCAAACAAAAUAUUUAUCGAAAAAUCGCAAAAAAUUAAAAGCAAAGAAUAUAUUUUGUAACGGCAUUUCUCGAAAGAUGGGUACGGCAUUUAAAUGAUACCAAAAACUAAAUAAAACAAAUUAACAUUGUGUUAAAUUUAAAAAAAAAAAACAAAACAUCUACAAGUAGAACCAAUGUCUGUGUUUGUUUCAACCAUCUGAGACGUUCUAAUAAAUAUGUAAAACCAAUAAUCUUCUGCAAAACCGAUUGGGUUCGUCUGUUUCUUCCCCCCUCACUUUUUCCUCAAUGUCUCAAUCUGUAUCACCCUCCCGAAAAGUAAAUUUUCUCUACUCAAACACAUGCAAAACUCACCUCUAACACGCCUUUCUCAUAAAAAAAACUAAAAUACAAAAUACCAAACCAGAUGGCACACCAGAUGCAUAGUUUUAUAAAUCGAAUAUAACAAAAAUAUAACAAACAAAACAAACUCGAAUAACAAACACACUACAUUUGAUAACAUUUCGCUAUAUUCAAACACAAACACACAAAACAAGUCAAGUAUUAUAUGAAACUAUAUACAUGUUACACAAACAUUCACACCUACACAAAGAAACACACGUGAACAACAACAAUAUAGGUGUCGAAUUUGGGUCGGGGUCAAGGUUCGAAAUGCUUACCAAACCAAAAAAAAAUCGUCUAUACUCUAUAUAAUGGAAUCUCUUAUGGAAGUGUACGGAGAAAAAAAA